AUGUCGGCGGCCCAAUAUCAUGGCACUUCCCUCAGGCUCACCAGACCCCCGUCGGGCAUACUCUGCAAGACGUACCAGUGCCACUCCAUGGCGUGCCUCGAUCGACCCGGUCUCGAACUCGGCGACAAGAUCAUCAUGCCUCAGGCGGCAUUUCAUGAGGCACAUCGCUUGCGCCUGAAGCUACCUCUGCUCUUCAAAUUGGUAAAUACUGAUGUCGGCACAAGGAGAAUCAUGGGUACAACUGGCCCAUCCCCAUCCCAGUUCUGUGGGGUACUCGAGUUCAGCGCACCCGAAGAUCAGGUGUUUCUACCAUACUGGCUGAUGCAGAACUUGCUGCUGUCAGAAGGAGGCCGGGUGGAGCUCCGCAGCAUACUCCGUCCACCCGCGGGAUCUUUCGUCCGGUUCAAGCCGCACGACGAAGCUUUUCUUGGCGUGGCGGCCAAACAGGGACCAAAGGCUUUGAUGGAGUUCGCUCUUCGCCGAUACUCCGUUCUUUCCGAAGGAGCCACCAUCCUCGUGCAGCAUGAGGGUGACAAUUUUUUCCUCGACGUGAUGGAGCUGAGGACGUUCGACUCUGCCCCCGCGACCGUCGUCUCCGACGGCGAUGGCGACGGUCCCAGCCCAGGUUAUUCGUCAGCGGCGCCCCGCCCUCCCAGGAACGGAACGCCCGUUGGAACCGGCCACGACAACGACGAUGACGACGUCACCCGCAACGGCGUCAGCAACCAUGACCACCACGAUGGCAACGGGUCGCCUCAUGGCGAUGCGGGGAGAAGGGUACGGCAAGAUGACAACGGGUCUCCCCGUGGCGAGGCGGGGAGGAGGGUGCGGCUAGUGGGGCUCCUGGGAGACCUAGACCUCGAGGAAGAUUCAAUGGAGAGCGGCGAUGUCGGGUCGACUCUGUCCCUCCCGGCACCCGCCACGGCGAAGAGGAGCAGCGGUGACGAUCGCUCGGCGGGUUCGGGGUUGGAACCGUCGCUGUGGAGAGCGGGUCACCUAGGGAUAAAGCCUCCCGUCCCUCCCUCGUCGAGGUAUUCUUCAAGGGUAUCAAAGCGUCAGCCCUUCUCCGGAAAGGGCAUGCCGCUGUCAGGGGGCAUGGCAACAGCGACCCCGAACCCCGGCAACGGAGUGGCAACCGCUGGUCGAGAGGACCAAUCACCAGAGGCAGGGGAGGCACCGCCAGCAGCAGAAGCGCAAGCUCGGGCGGUGGGGAUUCGAAGCUACAGCGAAGAGGACGUAGAUCCCCGGCGAGGUAGCAGCGUAGAGAGACGUUUUGUUAAGGAAGCGGUGGAAUCAAGUAGAGGAAGCAGAGACAGCUUUCCACGACGGGUCGUCGUCGACAGGCUUGGGGUUUCCAGGAAAUCCGCGUUCUCGCCCCAAGGGACCAACGAGGCGCGAGGAGCUGUGGAGGGGAGGAUCCUCGGCACAGGAGCACUGGUCGCGUCGACGGUAUCAUCGGCGUUAGGGACCAGGGGGGACGGUAGCGCGACAGAAACGGAGUCAUCGAGGGGUCAGCGGUCAUCCGGCGGCGACGGUGGUUUUGCGGGCGUGAGGUUAGCGGAAGCCCCAGCGGCGGCGGCGGCGGCGGCGGCGGCGGUGACCUCCACCUGCGGGUCCUGCGGGAAGCUCGUCCCCUCGGCGAACCAACAGCUCCACGCGUUGCGCUGCCGCCCCUCCUCGUCGACUGCCGGACGACGACCAAGACGCGGUGACGGCACUAUCCCCCCUUCCGACGACGCGCCACCCGUAGCUGCCGCCGAACAGCCGCGGCCGACGGCGGCGAAGCAGGACACCGCUGCAAGAGAGUCCACGGCGGCGGCGGCGGCGGCGGUGGCAGCAAGUCUGGUGCCGCCGUUCACUUGCGCGUACUGCGGGCUCUCCUUCCGGACAGCCGGUUCCGCCGGCGACCACGAGACGCUCUGCGCCGCGAGGACCGAGCGGUGCGGCCGGUGCUGCGGCCUCGUGCCCCGGGGGGGCGCCGAGGCCCACCGCCGCCCAGGGGGUGGCUGCGACGCCGCGAUCGCAGCCGCCGCGGAGAGGGAAGAAGCGCAAGCAAUCGCGACCGUGGUUGGGGGUGGGGGGAGAGGAGGGGUGGGAGCGACUGGUCUGGGCCUUGUGGGCAGUGCGGUCGGCGGUGCGGAACCCAGCGGGAGUUUCAACGGCCACCUCGAUCCCGGGACGAGCAGGGGCAGGUUCGACGCCCUCCUGGCGAAAGCCCUGAGUUCUUCCAAGGCAGCGACGGCGGUCUUGGCCGACGCUCGCGCCAAGAACGCCGCAAGGAUGGCGGCAGGGGCGGGGUCCCCGACGGGAACGGGGGCGGGCUCUCGCUCGCACCGUGACGGCGGCGGCGACGGCGGCGGGGAACAUGGCAGUAGAGUCGAGACGGGAUCAGUUUCUGGAAACGAAGCUGCGGCCCUUGCCGUGCCGUCGGCGCCAGUGGGCAGCGGAGGACCGACACCCUCAACAGAACCAGGCGCAGACAUCAGCAUGACAACGCCUGGGGAGGGGGCCCGGUACGAGCGCCCCCCUCCUCGCCACUUUGGCGUGGGGAGGGGUACUGACCGGGAAGAGGAGGAGGAAGAUAGGGCGGUCAAUACCGGCCAUCUCAGAGAUCGGCCGUGGACGUGCUCCCGGUGCACCCUGAUGAACCCUCGCCACGUGGGAGCUUGCGAGGCCUGUGGGUCAACGGUCUGGUCGGAAGAGAACGACUCGGAGAAACAAACCGGCGGCGAGGGGACCGAGCGGGCCAGGACCAAGCCUCCCGGAGCCUUCGAAACCCCGCCGUGUAGUGUCGCUUCUUCGGAAGCGCCGGCGAUGGGGGCGGUCGCUCUGUCGGUGGGGGGUGCCGUAUCCGCGCGACCGCCGCACUCGGAGCGCUCCUCCUCACCCAAGCGGUCGAUGCCGAGGGCUGCAGAGGCGGCGGCGGGCGGAGUGACCGUGUCACGGGCGAGGUUUCUUAGGCCACAGAAGGAGCAGCCAAGGGCGUGUCGGCCUGGAACCCGGCGAAGUUGCAAUCGAGACAAGGCCGCCGAGCACUUCUCUUUCGGUUAG